AUGGUGGACCUACCAAAGGGAGAUACCAUCGAAAUCACAGAAUACUUCAUAGGCUUGCUUAAAUACUAUGAAAUUGAUACUGUUUUCGGGAUAGUCGGAAUACCUAUAGUGGAAUUAGCGAAUUCGAUGAUUACGCAUGGUAUCAAAUUCAUUUCAUGCAGGAAUGAACAAGCUGCUUCAUAUGCUGCAUCAGCUUAUGGGUUUUUGACUGGGAAGCCUGCUGUUUUAUUGGUCGUGGGAGGUCCCGGCUUGAUUCAUGCGUUGGCAGGUGUCUACAACUCUACAUCCAAUAAGUGGCCAUUAAUCGUGAUUGCUGGUAGUAACCAUGAUGAAAUACAGGAGAAUCUUGGGGGUUUUCAAGAUUUAGAUCAAGUUAGCUUACUUAAAGAUAAAGUUAAAUAUUGCGGAAGAUUAAAUGGAAGUAAUAUCAAUUCAGUUUGGUAUAAUGCAUACAAUUCCGCUAUACAACCCCCCACAGGAGUCAGCUAUAUUGAUUUUCCAGAACACCUAAUUAGCAACAAUGUUAGGGUUCCUAAUAUGAAACAAAAUAUUUCAAUUCCUAGAGCAAUUAAAUCAUCGGCCGAUCCAUUAGUUACCAAAGAAGUUGCGCAGUUACUUAGAAGGAAUUCAGAUCAAAAUGUUUUGGUCAUAAUUGGUAAAGGAGCAGUUAAUUAUUCAAAAGGGCUUUCAGCCUUUAUUCAUAAAUAUCAAUUUCCCUUCUUGCCCACACCAAUGGGAAAAGGUAUUAUCUCUGAUAUGGAUCCAUUGAAUGUAUCAUCGGCAAGAUCAUCUGCCUUGAGCAAGAGUGAUAUAGUUCUAGUAUUUGGUGCAAGAUUGAAUUGGUUACUACAUUUUGGUAAACCUCCAAAAUGGAAAUCAACGGUAAAGUUCAUCCUAUGUGAUAAUGAUCCUCACGCUAUAGGAAAUAAUAAUAUGCAAAGUAUUAAUUAUUCUUUAUUAGGAGAUAUUGGACUGAUAAUUAAUGAGUUGACAGAAGAAUUAGAUAGAGUAGAGAACGAGUGGGGCCGUAAAUAUGGUGUUACAAAGGAGCUAAGAAGUGAAAUAUUAAAGAACCAAUUCAAACUGCAAGAAAAAGAAUCACGUUCAAAUACAAAUGGUGCAUUAUUGAAUUAUCAUGUUGUCUACAGAACAUUAAGAGAAAUGCUGGACCUAAAAAAUACAUUCUUAGUUACUGAAGGUGCCAAUACAAUGGACAUCGCAAGGAUUUCAUUCCCUAGCUUAAAACCUAAACAGAGGUUAGAUGCGGGAACAAAUGCAACAAUGGGAGUUGGUCUCGGCUAUGGAAUUGCAGCGAGACUAUCCCAGGAUUAUAUGAAAUCUAAACCUGAUAUUCUAGUGAUUCAAGGAGAUUCUGCAUUUGGAUUCAGCGCUAUUGAAAUAGAAACAGCUGUGCGAUUUAAACUAGGACUUAUUAUUAUUGUGAUAAAUAACAGUGGAAUAUAUCACGGUACCGAACAAUCGAAGAAAAUUUCUCCAUAUUCUUUUCCAGCAACAAAAUUAUCUCAGAAAUGUAGAUACGAUCUUCUAGGAAUUGGACUGGGAGCUCAUGGUUAUCUUGUGGAAAAUAUAAAGCAGCUUCAAACAGCAUUCGAAAGAAGUUUAAAUUCAGCAAGGACAAGUUCGGAAACUAGUGUCAUUAAUGUCAUUAUUGAACCAGGUAAACAACGCCAAAUAUCCUUUGGCUGGCAAAAUAAGUCAAAGUUAUAA